CAUUAGUCUUCGUUAGGCGGUCUUUGUGUCAACAACGUGUUGCUCCCUGUGAAAAAUCGAAAUCGUGAAGUCCAACAAUCGCCCCUCGCGAUUUUCCGCUCGCGUUUUUCCGUUCACAAGGACUACAAAAGUGUUUGUGUGUUUUUCGCCCAUAAACCAGUGUGCGUGCCAAAGUGCAACAAGUCUUAACCGUAAUUUAAUUGCAACAAUUUCGCCGCUUUCCACAUUUCCCGAUUUGAACAAGUGCAAAACACGACUCGAUCGUAUCGGGCCAAGAAGAUAUAUCAGUGUCGCAGUGUUCGUGCAAAGUGGAGCAUUCAUCUCCCGAAAAAACACAAAAAACCCAGUCAAAUACAUUGCAUUAGUCAGCAGAUCGAGGACUCCUGCUGUACGUGACUUGUCCUUUUCCAGCACUCGAAUCGAAAGAAUCCGCUCGGCCGAGCGAUAGGAAUAAGCUCGCCAUGUUGCCGCAUCAUCAGCGCCAUAAAAUGGCGGCUUCAUCCUGCAUCCUGCUUCUCUCGCUCCUGCUAAUUGGAGGCUGCCUGGUGGCGCCCACCGAGGGACGGGCCAAGGAGGACCGUCGGAACAGGGGGCGUGGCAGCAGCAGUGGUGUCCAGUCAUCCUCAUCCUCCAGUAGCAACAAUAUGAACUAUGGCUAUGGUGGCUCCUCAUCUGCAGGAAUACCCUCCUCCUCCGGCGGCUAUGUGUUUACCAGCAGUAGUGCUGUGAACUCGGGAAGCACUGGCUACAGUGGACCCAUGGACAGCACCGGUUUCUGUACCCGACGACGGGACAUGAAGCUGAUGUGCUACUGUACCCCCGAUGAGAACCAUGUGCCGGUGCAGAAGGCCGAGUGCUGGGUCUUCUCGGAGGGACUGCAUCAGAAUGACACCACCUGGACGCGAUUCUACCAGCAGAAGCGACUGAGGGAGCUGAAGUUUGUGAUCCAAAAUAAUGCUCGAUUGGACUAUAUUCCUACCAUGAUCAUCGAACCGCUGAAGAACCUGAGCAGCAUUGUCAUCGAAUACUCGCAAGUGGAGAUUGUCAAGAGCUAUGCCUUCGCUAAUUUACCCUUCCUGGAGAAGAUUAUCCUCACUAAUAACCACAUCAUGGCUUUGGAUCAGGAUGCCUUCGCCAAUCACAUUAGGCUGAGGGACUUGAAUUUGGAACACAAUCAGAUCUUCGAAAUGGAUCGCUAUGCCUUCCGCAAUCUGCCGCUCUGCGAAACGCUUCAUCUGAACAAUAACAACAUUAGCACUCUGCACGAGGGCCUUUUUGCCGAUAUGGCCAGACUGACUUCGCUUAACUUGGCCCACAACCAGAUCAAUGUGCUGACCAGCGAAAUUUUCCGAGGAUUGGGCAAUCUGAAUGUGCUGAAGCUGACUAGGAAUAAUCUGAACUUUAUCGGCGAUACUGUCUUUGCGGAGCUGUGGAGUCUGAGUGAACUGGAUUUGGAUGAUAAUCGCAUUGAGCGAAUUUCUGAACGAGCUUUGGAUGGUCUGAAUACACUGAAAACCCUGAAUCUGCGAAACAAUCUGCUGAAGAAAAUCGACAAUGGUCUGCUGAGGGGAACCCCCGCCCUGCUGUCCAUCAACGUGCAGGCAAACAAAUUGGAAACGCUGACGUUCUACACAUUCCAGCCAAUUAUGGACAAUUUGGUCAACAGCACCAGUGAGCUGCUAGUGUCAGACAACAAAUUCAUUUGCGACUGUCGUCUGCAGUGGAUCUUCGAAUUGAAAAAUCGCACACGUCACCUGCAGCUGCGUGACUCGCUGGAGGAGCUGCACUGCACGCUGCAGGACCCCAAACUGUCGCACUUUGUGGACCCCGUGCCCUCGAGCAUCCUGGACGAGCUGAACGUGGGCGGAUUCACGGCGAUUGGCAGCAAUAGCGCCAGCAUGGGCGGCGUGGGCAACAGUGUGGUGGGCAGCAGCUACAGUGGUCUGACCAGCCUCGAUGAGUCCAGGAAGCAUUUGUCAGCGAGCAGAUCCCGGCAGGCGUUGCGAGGACAACGGCAGUUUGCCGAGAAUGUGGUGGAAUCGAAGAGGAGGAAGCGCCAGCAGGAGGAUCUUAAGUCGAAGGACCUGGCGGCAGUGGCUCCUACUCACAAGCGAUACGAUUACUACGAUGAUAACAACAGCAAUGGAGGAAUGUCCCUGGGCCAUGGCUUGGAUUUCGAUGACAAUCUCAGCCUGCACAAGCAGGGUUUCUAUGGAGCCGGUUCACCCGUGGUCGUGGGUAGCAAUCACAACGAUGUGGAUGUCCUGAUGACGCCGUCUCACUCGGCGUCCGGCGAUGCCCUGGAUAUGCUGGGCAAGAAGAACGCCAUCUACAUCAAGUUGUUCCUGCUGAAACCGGAAAUGCUGCCCUGCCACGAUGAACUGAGCGAUCCCACCGAGCUGCCCCUGUCCCGAGAUCUCAUGGAUGUGCGCAGCAAUGUGGGUCAGGAUAUGUCGACGGCAGGAGCAGAUCGAUUAUUCCAGGGUAUCGGUAUGAUCAUGGUAACCCUACUUCUCACACUAACACUCAGCCGGGGUUGAAUACUCCAUCGCCUAAAUGGUGACCCUAACGUUUGGUUCUACAUUAGAGCUUGAAAACAAUCGAUAUUUUCGAUAUAUAGAUGUUUCAAUGGAGAAAAAUAUAAAAUAUCAAAAAUUAAUCGAAAUUUCGAUAAUUUUUCGAGCUCUUUUCUACAUUGUACAUACUGUCUUGGAGAUGUGGUGCCCUUGGGAAACGAGCUUCAACACACGAUAAAUACACACGAAAGAUACCAGCUACCAGAGUCCUGUAAAUAUGUAAAAAGGGGUAACGAAAUUCGAUAAAUUUACUACUAUAAACCUAGCUGAUAGCUGUAAUGAUAGACUCUCGACUUUUCACCAACAACUUCAGCAGCAGAUUCAGAUUCAGAUUGAAAAAUGAGAUAUAGAAACCUACAAAGCCCAAAACGAACCCAAAAAGAGAACCUCCGAGCAAACUGGCGUUUCAUUUAAAACAAGAGAUACUCUACUCAACCGCAGGAUGACGACUACCACACUACACUCUACUACAUAGAAUUAGUUUAAACGGUUAGCAAUAGUGACACAUUUGGUUUACUUGAGCAAGGUACAUACUACAGUAAAACUUGGAAAGCGCUAAACGUCUUAGGUGGACAGACAGAGCUGGCCAAAAAACCACUAAAAUGAGGCAUGCCUGUAAGAUAAACGCAAAAGCAAACGCAGAAAAUGACACACAAUCGCUGAAAGUUGCAACGAUAGCCGAUAGUCGAUAGGCAAAUAGACGAUAGCAGAUAGUCGAUAAAUGAUAAAUGUAAUAGGUAAACGUAAUAUUCCCGGCCACCCCGCAGUUCUCUUUAGAUUUUAAGUCUGCUUUUUAGUUUGUAAGACUAUUUGCUACCCUCUACAACCGUCGCCUGAAUUUCCCCCACAAAAACCCCACGGAUAAAUAGAGUUUUUCGCCACGGGAAAAACGCUCUUCUGCUUUUCUCCUACUUUCGCCGCACCAGAAAAUGUAAACGUAAAAAACAAGAAAUAAAAAUAUGAAUACAUUGCGAAUUUAUAUAACUUAUUUGAAUAGAUUCAAAUUAUAGCAAACAAAGGCAUAAAGAGGAUAAAAUAAUAAUACAAAAAACCAAAA